CUUCAUAUAUGGAGGUCCGGAUGAUGGCUUAGACUCAAGGCGCUACUCCGACUUUAAGACACAGUACAAAGGGGGAAGAAGAAGAAGAAGAAGAAUCCCGCGCGGUGGUCAUACAAGUCGUGUCACAGUCGGGUUUUUAAAAUACAUGAGUGCAGUGCACCCGUGGCAGUGGACAAACUGACCAGAACGUGUAAAUAAAAACAGUGCGACCCCCAGAACGAGGCGUUCCUUACAGACUUUUUUGGAUCAAUCACGCAGACAGUGGCUUCUUUUGAUUAAACCCCAAAUUGUCAUUGGGCAGAAGUAAUCAUGUGACAAGCAAUUCGGUCCAAUUUCAACCUUGUCUCCAUGAAUUCAAUAGUUUAAUAGUAGCGCGGUCCCCAUACGGCCGUAAUCAGUGAAUUAGAAAAAAAACACUAGCGGCGAUUUUUUUAUGAUUUUUUUAAUCUGGGCCACGACAUUCAAAUAAGAGCUAACUUUUCCAAAGCUCUGAGGGAGAGGAGAUGAAUUACGAAUUUGAGCGAGAGACUGGUUUUAUCAAUAGUCAGCCGUCGCUUGCUGAGUGCCUGACAUCUUUUCCCCCUGUCGGUGAUUCAUUUCAAAGUUCAUCAAUCAAGAGCUCGACGCUUUCACACUCGACACUGAUUCCUCCUCCUUUUGAGCAGACCAUUCCUAGCCUAAACCCCGGCAGCCACCCUCGCCACAGCCGGCCCAAACAGAGCCCCAAUGGCUGCAGCCCGCUGCCGACCGCAUCUCUUCCCCCGGAGUAUCCCUGGAUGAAGGAAAAAAAAGCCUCCAAGAAAAAUCACUUGCCGACACCGUCGUCCACAGCCGCCGCCACAGGACCGGUCUGCUUCUCCCCGAAAGGCUCGCCUGAGAUCCCCGAGAGUGGCGCCGGGGGAUCUCGCAGGCUGAGAACGGCGUACACCAACACCCAGCUUCUCGAGCUGGAGAAGGAAUUCCAUUUCAACAAGUACCUCUGCAGACCCAGGAGGGUGGAGAUCGCCGCAUUGCUCGACUUGACCGAGAGGCAGGUGAAAGUGUGGUUUCAGAACCGGAGGAUGAAACACAAACGCCAGACGCAGUGCAAGGAGAACCAGACGGGAGAGGGCAAGCUGAAGAGCGUGGAGGACGGGGGACAGGUCGAGGAGGACAAGUCCCUGUUUGAGCAGACCCUCAGCAACGUGUCAGGGGCCCUUCUGGAGCGGGAGACCUACUCCUUUCAGCAAAACUCGCUAACUCCGCAGCAGCCUCAGAAUGUCCACAAUGGAGAUUCCCAAAGUUUUACUGUUUCGCCGCUGAACAGCAAUGACAAAAAUCUGAAACAUUUUCCCAACCCGUCACCCCCUGUUCCAGGCUGCAUGUCAACAAUGGGCCCCGAUUCGGCAUCUGGCCUAGACAAUGGUAGUCCCCCAGCCCUCGACGUCUCCUCCUUACAGGACUUUCACGUAUUUUCUGCGGAUUCCUGCCUCAACCUUUCAGAUACUGCGUCCCCCAGCUUGUCAGAAUCUCUGGACAGUCCCGUGGACAUACCGACGGAUAGUUUUUAUUUUUUCUCGGACACUUUAACAACCAUUGACCUGCAGCAUCUAAACUACUAAAAAAAAAAAAAGAAAAAUCUUUAAAAACUACACGAGGCUCUUUAAAAAGAAAGAACUGUGUCGUUUUUGUAUUGUUAGUACAUCUUGUUUACGGUUUAACUGAUUACUUAACUAAUCAAGCAGAGGUAAGGUUCCCUCCUAUAAUUGUGUAAAUAAUUAGUUUGACCAUAACUGAAUUAAAAUACGAAUAGUCUACUAUCCGAAGGCAAUAUAAUUGUAUGUAAAAA